UUCAGCACUGCUACAUGGAGAGCUCCAGUCUGUACUGAACUUGGAACUUCUCUCUUGCAUGGAAUCAAAUGAAUACUUUUCACUGCUUUUGAAACUUUUGUCAGUUUAAAAAAGGCGCACCUGUAAAUUCCUUUACUGACAGUAGCCAUGUUCUUCUAAUGCCAUGUUUUCUCUGGCUUGUCCGAACUCUCUGAACUCAAGCACAUGUUUCGGAUGAACACAACCCCGUUUAUUAAUGCGUGCCAAAUCAGGAAGGAUGAGAGCGGAGAACAAAUUCCAGUUUUACAAAUCAUCCCAGAAGAAAGCUUUUAGACUGAAAGUAAAGCCAUGAAGACAUCUUUAGAGAAGACAUUUUCCUGGACAGUCGAGCCCUAUGAUUUCUACAGAAGUUAUUAACUCCCAGGGGGAAAUAUGGAACGUGGUUUUACUUUCACAUUCUCGGCCAAGACGACAUUUUUCUGCUGUUUCUUCUUAUGUAAGUCAAUAUUAUGCCAUGAGGAGACGCGCUCCCAUGCGGAAGAUGAGCUCUUCAGGAAGCUCUUUAUUGGCUACAACAAGUGGUCCAGACCCGUGCCCAAUAUUUCCGACGUGGUCAUCGUCAAGUUUGGCCUUUCCAUAGCUCAGCUGAUUGACGUGGAUGAGAAGAAUCAGAUGAUGACCACAAACGUGUGGCUGAAGCAGGAGUGGAACGACUACAAGCUGCGAUGGAAGCCGUCAGACUACGACAACGUAACGUCAAUUAGGGUGCCCUCAGAACUUAUUUGGGUACCCGAUAUCGUUCUGUACAACAAUGCAGAUGGGGAGUUUGCUGUGACGCACAUGACCAAGGCUCAUCUCUUCCACACGGGCCUCGUGCGCUGGGUGCCCCCAGCCAUCUACAAGAGUUCCUGCAGCAUCGACGUUACCUUCUUCCCCUUCGACCAGCAGAACUGCAAGAUGAAGUUUGGUUCCUGGACAUAUGAUAAGGCCAAGAUUGACCUGGAGCGCAUCGAGAACACGGUGGACCUGAAGGACUACUGGGAGAGUGGGGAGUGGGCCAUCAUCAAUGCUGUGGGCACCUACAACACAAAGAAGUACGACUGCUGCCACGAGAUCUACCCGGACAUCACCUACUUCUUCAUCAUCCGCCGGCUCCCUCUCUUCUAUACCAUCAACCUCAUCAUCCCUUGCCUGCUCAUCUCCUGCCUGACAGUGCUGGUCUUCUACCUGCCCUCCGACUGUGGUGAAAAAAUCACCCUCUGCAUCUCCGUGCUCCUCUCCCUCACAGUGUUCCUCCUGCUCAUCACUGAGAUUAUUCCGUCCACUUCGCUGGUCAUCCCACUUAUUGGCGAGUACCUGCUGUUCACCAUGAUCUUUGUCACGCUCUCCAUUGUCAUCACCGUGUUUGUGCUGAAUGUUCAUCAUCGCUCGCCCAGCACCCACAAGAUGCCCCGUUGGGUGCACUCGGUCUUCCUGGAGUUCAUCCCACGUUGGCUGUUCAUGAAGAGGCCUAUACCAGACGGGAGGCGGCGGCGGCUGCUCCUCCAGCAGAGGGCGCAUGCUCCAUGCCCAACCCCCCACCUGAGCACCUCUAAGAGCUGGUUGCAGGAGACGGACAUUGAUGCCCGCUAUGGGGACAUGGAGCCGAGUACCUCGCCCUCCCUGCACGCAGCCUCGCCCUCCCUGCACGCAGCCUCGCCCCACCUGCCUGGCUCCAGCCCUCUGCCUCAGAAGCAGACCUUGCACCACCGACUGGAGAGUGUGGCCCGGCAGCUGGGGGGCAGGACGAAUCCCGCCAAGCGCACCAUCAAAAUCGACAACCUGGUGUCCGAUGCCACGUUCUCCCUCUCGCCCAGCUUCGUCCGUGCACUGGAGGGGGUGCAUUACAUCGCCGACCACCUGAGAGCAGAGGAUGCUGACUUCUCUGUAAAGGAGGACUGGAAGUAUGUUGCCAUGGUGAUUGACCGCAUCUUCCUGUGGAUGUUCAUCAUCGUUUGCCUGCUAGGCACAAUUGGACUCUUCCUGCCGCCCUGGCUGGCCGGUAUGAUCUAGACCUACAUGUAUGCCCAGACACGGCGAGAUCACAACACCCAAGGCAUAUGGGAGUGGUGCUGGACCGCGGAAAGAAGAGCUCUCCAACAGCGGUACGAUCAAGUGAAGUGCUUACUGUCUGAGCGCAUGUCUGACAAAACACACAAAAUUUGAUUCUUCGCAAGGACACAGUUUGAAUCAUACUGUGUUAUUUAGCUGGAACUGCUUUUUUUUUUUUUUUGUAAACAGGUUUUA